AUGUUGUGUGUUUUAGAAGCAGUGAUGGAGAUGGUGAGGGAGAGAGGGAAAGAGAGUGAGAGAGUAAAGAGAGAUGUGUCUGUUUGCAUGAUGGACUGCCUUGAAAGUCUUGGACGAAAAGGACAAUUACUCAGACCCAGCAAUUCCCAACUAAAUGGGUAA